GCAAUGAUCGCACGCGCAGCACAACAACAUCGCUACUUGAUGCGCGCGCACGCAUGUCCAACAGCGCGAACGCGAAAACACUCCGGACCGCGAGAUAUGUGACUUCGAAAUUUAAAUUUUGACAGUUUUUAUUUCAAACACAAUGCGGUUUAUAGUGUUGUGUUUUAGUGUUUGUGUAUUGAUAGUGGUGGGACAGGACAUCGAUGCGAUGCGGAAUAUGCCCAAAUAUGACUCGAGAUACGAUUACCUAGAUGUAGAUGCAUUAUUUAAUAGUAAAAGACUAGUGAGGAACUAUGUGGACUGUUUGAUUAACAGUCGCAGGUGCACACCUGAAGGAAAAGCCCUGAAAAGGCUCUUGCCAGAAGCCUUAAGGACAAAGUGCAUACGAUGCACGGAAAGUCAGAAAAGGACAGCCGUCAAGAUAAUCAAGCGACUGAAAAAUGAGUAUCCCGACGAAUGGGCGAAGCUGUCUUCAAGAUGGGAUCCAACGGGAGACUUCACGCGAUACUUCGAAGUGUUCCUGGCUAAUGAGCAGUUUAAUACCAUAUCUGGCAAUGGUAACGAAGUACCGAUGUCACCGCUGCCAACUUUACGACCAGUACCUACGACACCUGCUCCGACGUCUGAUACACCAGUAUCGAGUGCCACUCCACCACGACCUCUUCCUCUUAAUAGGUUUGGAGGCGAAGAUGAGGUAAUGGUCGGCAGUCCCUCGUCGGCUGUCACGACUCCCCGACCGACCCCAAUUCUCACAACUAGACCAAGCACUAUGAGACCAACUGUGCCGCCGAGACCAACACCAAUAGCAUGGGGGAACGUCGGUACAGGCACAAUGCCAACACGCUUUACGAUGCGUCCUACAAAAGAUAAUCUACCAUUGCCAUAUUCGACCGCCAUGACACUCAUCGACCAGAUCGGCAUCAAGAUCAUAAGGACAACAGAACUUGUCACUGACAUACUGAGGAAUACUGUUCGGGCUGUCGUUGGACGAUAACACUCAUACAUUAUAAAGUGAUUUUAUUUGUAAAAAAGUGCUAAAGCAUUGUAGUCAUUCGGCCUAAAAAGAUAAAACGUACCUAUUUUUUAUAAAAGAAAAACAAUGUUUUGUUAUUUACUUUGGUAGAAAACUCUUAUCUUUAAAAUGAGAAUUUGAUACAUGUAAAAAAUAUAAUUAUAAUUUAGUUAAGUAUACUUUUUAAAAUACGAGAUUAUUACAAUUUAGCUACCAGCCACUAUAAAAAAAUUAAUUGCAGAUCAUUAUUAAGUAUAAUCAAAUAUACACUGAAUCAAAAAAAUAAAUCAAAAUACAAAGAACUCUUAUUACGACAAACGGAAUAAAAAAAUACCUAAAAUAAUACAAAAUUUUGAUCCAGAUGUAAAAUUUUAUACGAAACAAAACACUUUGUAACACAUAGAAAUAAGCUUAUGAAGCGUAACUAUAAGUAAAUUUUGUUAGAUUAAGUUUUAAAUUAUUUGUUAAAUUAAGAAUUUAUCGUACAACACUAGGUUUUAGAUGAAUAAAUAAUAAUAUGUCAUAAAUUUAAAAUAAGAAUAUGAAUUUUAAGUCGAGCAGUGAUCGAAUAAAAUUUUUAUAAUUGUCUA